GAAAGUUUGUAAAAAGCAAACUCCAUUCAGCUUGCGUCAAGUCAAGUCAAAGGCAUUGCCGCUCGAGUUCCAAGUGGCUGCGCACGAAAGUCGCCGUUGUCUGCUCUGCCUGCUAUUCUCUGCCAUUCUCUGCCUUCCUCCUCUCCACUCAACAGAUAAGAUGAUGAACUUUAUUAGAGUACGAAAUACUAACUAUAUAGCUAGCUAGCUAGUAGCACUUACUUGUGUCCGAGAGGUGAACUGUGUGGGAGUCGGUUUUCAACGAUCAGCUAUUUUUGCCAGGUGGCAACUGAGAUGGCCUCGCGGGAGUAGAUUUGGAAACGAACCCAGAAAACCAGCCAUCAUUUGAUAGGUACGGUAUCAUCGAGCCAUCGAGUUGGCUGUCUACGCACGCACUUUGUGGUAGAAUGGAGCCAUUCAACAAGGAGCAAUCUGGCUCUUGCGCUGCUUUGGUUGCUCUUGGUAUCACAUUGGCAUGGGAGCUGUUUUUGUGGUCGGGGUGGGGCUGUUUAUUGUCAAUCACGAGAAUGACGUGCAACUCAUGAAUCGUUAAAGAUCCACGUCUCAGGGUUCCGGAUACGACUUGACCCUUGGCCAAGCAGCAAUCAAUCCAUUCCCAUGUUCGCUCCGUCGCUCCAAGGUUCGACUGAGCCUCUGUAGACAGCACAACCACCCAAGAGCAUCCGUUGCGUGCAUUAUUUUUUACUGACGACACCAAGAAAGAAGAAGAAUAGAAAACAGACAACAGACAAAAGCAGGCAGAACAAUGUUUGGCGUCCGCAAUAGCAGCACAGCGAUGGAUGUCUUGAACGACGAUCGAUUGACUCCAGCCCAAAAGUCGGCGUACUGUUAUGACCAUGGGAUCUGCGACAAGUGCGGCAUCAAGACUCAUUGGAUCGGUCCCUUCAAGCGACGCCCGUACACCAACGAGCGUGUCUGGAAUGGAAUUUGUCGGUUUUGUCGACCGGGGGAAUGUCCUGCCUACGAGCCACCUGCAAAUAACAAUAAGAAAGUGUUUCCGAAUUUAGCCGCCGAUGAAUUGUUUGCCAAGGCCACGUCGGCGUUGGAAGAGAUUCAGACGGGAGUGACAGUGGGCGUCAAGGAAGGUGUGGUAGUGAUGAAAGGAGGCAUCAACACGUUGAACGACAGCAUCAAAAAGGAGACGGAGAAAAUGAAUCGAAGCAUGACGUCCGCGUCGUCGGUGAGAAGCAGUGGCAGCAACAACACACAGCAAGCACGACCAUUGAAUCUAUUUGGUCAAACAUCAUCCACUCAAAGACAACAACAACCAUCCCAGCAACAGCAACAGCAGCAACGAUCACAACGAUCCUCCCAAACAACAAAGCCCAAAAUGAACAUUUUUGGCCCCAAACGCGACAAUGCCCCGCCACCUCCGCCCACGCAACCGGCUUUUUCCAAUUUGAAAUCCAAGUUUCAAACCAACGAGGAAGGCAAAGAACUCUUGUUGCAAGACGAAAGCACGGCGGCGUCUUCAACAACGCAAGUAGAAGAUUUGGAUGGAAGCGCCGUCAAGGGCAAACUGGUAAAGACACCGUUUGGCAAGGGGCAAGUAGUCGAUUAUCGCUCGGAAGAUGAUAUUUAUGUCAUUGAUUUGCAUCAUCAUGAAAACAACAACAGCAGCAAUACCACUCAACAACAACAACAACCACCAGCCAACAACACCAAAUUGUUUUGCAAAAAGGAAUCAUUCUCUAUUGAACAUGAAAACAAGAGUCGACAAAAGAAAUCCAUGGAACUCAACGAAGCCUACGAAUCACUCGAGAAAAUGAGACGUCUCAAUCUCGAAGUGGAAUGUCAAGAACGGGGUGUAAAUGUGGCGGUGGAUUUUGACAUGUGCACCGUCUGUCUGCUCCAUCCUGAAUUAUCACGCACGCAACAACAACAAAAAUCAUUUCCUCGCAUUCGACAAAUGAUGCAAAACAAUCAAAAGGUGUCGGCCAGUCCGUGCCUCUUUUGUGCCGCACCCUGUUGCAGCGAUCACGCCAAUCAAGCAUUCCGCAAGGAACACAUUACGGCCUGCGAAGACUGCUGUAAAUUGUUCCAAUCGGAAUAUGUCGUCGAUUGUAUCAAUCAGGCACAUGGCGUUCACGCGGAAAAAGUUGUACAACAUGGAGAUGUCAUGCAGGAACGUCCGUUGGAUCACAUGAUGGAUUUGUACGAUCGGGUGCGCCUGCUGUUGCAAUACAGCAGUCAGUACAUUGAAUCCAUUGCGGUGGCGUUGGAAGCCAACACGAAAAAAUACAACAAUGUCAAUGUCGGUGCAUCGUCCGCCGGAAUGGUGUCGGGUGCAUUGGGUGUUGCGGCGGCGGCCGCAAUUUUUACUCCGGCCGGUCCGCCACUGUUGGUGGCGUCGCUGUUGUUGGGGGGUGGAGCCACCACGGUGCAAACGGGAACUGAAGUGGUCAAUUACUUUUCCGAGCCAAACAAAUUCGCCGACAAAAUCAUUGCACUCGUGGGCAUGCUCCAUUCCCUCUUGCGCGUCAAGGAGAAUCUGAGAGAAAUAUUGACGGCGCGGUUGUUGGAACAAGAGGGCAAUCCCGAGAUUGAUCGAUUGAAGAAGAGCCUCGUCAAACUCAAGGAAAAGCAACGAGAGGCUGCUUUCAAGGCGGGAACCACCGUGGCCAGCACGGCUGUCUUGGGUGGAGUGGCCAUUGCGGAAGUGGCUGCAGCUGGCGCCACCAUCGAAUCGGCAGCUCUCAUGUCCUCAAUCGAAACGGGAGUGUUGGCAGGACGCAAUGCCAACAUGAUAUCCAAGAGCGGAACGGCGAUUGCUCGCGGCGCACGUUUUGCUCGGUUUGCGGGUGGAGCGCUAAGUGCGGCCACGUUGGUCUUGGAAGCCCGUACCAUGACGACAACGAUUGAACAAAUCAAGGCUGGACAUCCCUGCGAAAAAGCUGAUGCCUUGCGUGCUAUCCUGAAAGAACUGCCGACACUACCCACGACGGAUCAACUAGACGAGGAAUGCCGUAUCUACAUUGGUGCCAUGUCGAAUCGAGUGAACGCAACCUCAUUAGAAGACGCCAUCAAUCUGAUUGAAAGCAAAGCGAUUCAAGAGUGGCAGCUCACAAAAGCCAGCACUCAAGGCCAGUCGCAGGAAGAGUCCGCAAACCAAUACAUGGCGCCGGCGGGGGCAUCCAUUUUGGAGGGUGAUGAAGAUGGCAAAGAAGGCGGCGACGACAAUGACGAACUUGCCCUGUUGGGUUCCGCUUUGAGGGAGGCACAAGAACAACGCAGCUUGGCCCAAUCCAUGUCGGGACUACCACCACCAACGGGACCUCCGUUGGAAAUUGAGACGGCUUCGGUGUCGGAUUCGGUUUCCGUGUUGUCCGCACCACCCAAAAUGUCUCAAUCUCUGACACAGCUACCUUCGUCCUCAGAUCCAGCUUCUCCAGCGACUCUUAGCCAAUCGACUCUAUUUGAACGCAUCCAGAGAUUCAAGCAGGAUGACAGCGUUGCCUCAAGCGUCCAUUCAUCGUCUGCUGCUAACAAUAACUAAGGACUAUGAAGAGUUUUUUGUACUGUGGCCAUCACAGCCGUUCGCAUUUGUUGACUUUACGGAUAACCAGCUACUUCAAGUACAUUUGUUGCAUUCCCCAAAAAGCACCU